CUGCGGUUUUUUUCCUCAAUCGGGAAACUUUCGUGACCAGCGAGCGACGAGGCGAUAAGAGAGAUACGCCAGUGAACUAUCUUCCCCACAAGUUCUCACGUACCCCGGGAAAAUCUGCAGCAUGACAACCGUCACCACACCAUCUCAUCAGCCCAAGACCUUAUCGCGAGUCGCGACCGCCGCAGGAGGUCCCCCUUGGCAAUCUGGGGUUCGACUAUGAGUGAGAUAGGAGUCGUCCUGUGAGCGCGCAGACCGGCUAGAGGCAACCCGGGCAGACGACAUAUAAACACUCGACAGCUGUCAAGUGACAAGGACUCAAAAGACGUCCAGACACCAGACUGCAUCCCAUCCUCACAUCGUAUCGCACCUCCCACAAAGCACACCAACACACUCCGUCGAGAAUGCGCAAUGGAUACCACCGCCGACUCUCAAUUUCCCUCCCCGCGAGCCAUCGCGGCCGAGCAGCAAGCCGCGCGCGAUGAGCGCGACCUCGCGGCCAUGGGCCACACGCAGGCCCUGCAUCGCAAGUUCAGCAUGGGCAGCAUGUUCUUCCUCUCCUUCAUCGUCCUCGGUACCUGGUCGACGUUUGCCCAGGGCCUCAACAGCGGACUCGUCAGCGGCGGCCCCAUCACCAUCCUCUGGGGACUCGUCUUUGUCACCUUUUGCAACCUAUGCGUCGCCGUCUCGCUGGGCGAGCUCUGCAGCAGCAUGCCCACCGCCAUGGGCCAGGCGUACUGGAUAUCCCGUCUCUGGCCAGGGGAUUGGGGCCGCUUCGUAUCAUACAUGUGUGCCUGGAUCAACACCUUUGGCUGGUGGACGCUUUCGGCAUCCCAGCUGGCCUUCAUGGCCGACUUUAUCCUGAGCAUGAAGCUACUAUACGCGCCCAAUUGGUCGCACGCGUCCGACGGAUGGAUCAACUUCCUGGUGUACCUGGGCCUCACUUUCUGUCUCACGGUGGUCAAUAUCGUGAGCUGCAAGCGGGACCCCAUCCUUCCAUGGGUGAACAACUUUGUCGGCGUUUGCUUCAUCGGGCUCUUUAUCAUCUUUUCGGUCGUCCUGCUCGCCUGCGUGGGUGGCAAGGCUGACCUCUCCUUUCAGCCUGCAUCCUUUGUAUUUGGGACGUGGAUCAACCAGGGCGGUUGGAACAACGGAGUCACCUGGUUCCUCGGUCUAGUCCAGGCAGCCUAUGGGUUGACCGCUUUCGACGCAGCCAUUCACAUGGUCGAAGAAAUUCCCGAGCCGCGCAAGACCAUCCCAAGAGUUCUGUGGCUCUCCGUGACCAUGGGUGCCAUAACCGGCUUCAUUUUCAUGGUCGUCUGUCUCUUCUGUAUCCAGGAUCUGGACGCCGUGCUGAACCCCGCCACCGGACUGCCGUUUAUUGAACUCUUGGUGCAGACCACAGGCGUCAAAGGCGGCACGGUUCUCCUAGCCCUCUUCAUCUUCAACGGCAUGGGCCAGGCCAUUAGUAUCCUGACGACCGGGUCCCGUCUCACUUGGGGGUUCGCGCGUGAUGGUGGGCUACCAUGGAGCGCGUUCCUGAGCCGUGUCAGUGUCUACUGGAACGCGCCCUCCCGCGCCUUGUGGCUCCAAGGAAUCGUCAUUGGCUUGGUGGGUGUUCUCUACACCUUUGCCGACACAGUUCUCGAGGCAAUCUUGAGCGUGUCUACCAUUGCCCUCACAGUGUCCUACGGCAUGCCCAUCAUGGUACUGCUGCUGGUCGGUCGCGACAAGAUUCCGCCUGGCGGUGUGUACUCGCUGGGAAAGCUGGGUCCCACCAUCAACUGGAUUGCAGUAAUCUACUGCAUCGUCACCACCAUCUUCUUCCUCUUCCCAGAGAGCCCGAACCCGACGGGGUCCAGCAUGAACUACGCGGUCGCCGUGUUCGGGAUCAUGCUUGUGGUUUCGAUCGGAUUCUGGUUCAUCAAGGGACACGGGACGUAUCUUCGCUUCGUGGCUGUUGAGCAGGCUUCGAUCACGGCACAGUCGAUGGAUGAUCCCGUGGUUCACGAGGAUAGCGAGGGUGGCAAGAAGAGUUGACUAUAUGGCAUGCGGCAGUAUAUCGCGUUGCGCCUUUGAUAUUGUGUAGUUGAAUAGCUAAGGUAGCUGGUAAUCAAUGAUUUUCUUGUUUGCAAUCUUCUUUUUCUCUUGGUCCUUAUGGUAGUCGUGCGUGAUUGAGUCGUUCCUGCCUCUCCUGUUGUGGUCAGAUAGCAUGCUACGUCACUCCACCUUACCCACCGCGUGUUGCCGGUCCCUUAACAUCUGCAUCCCGCAAUCGCAAACGCGUCUGGCCCGCCUGCAUAUAGCCAAGCUAAUUAGCUGACCGCAUGCAGGGUCAGCCUGGAAUUGGGGACAUUUCGUACGUAAGACCAAGCCCUGAUCGACGCGACUGGUCGGGAGCGAUAACGGCCACGUUCCGCCAGCUAUGCUCGCAUCCCCGCCUCCAUACCUAAAUGGGCAACUUUGCUGCCCACCCUACCCUACAGUCGCUACCGGCCGGAGCAGUGAG